AUGGCCACGAAGCUGCUGUUGCUCCUCUGCCUGUUUUCGGGCUUGCACGCACGAUCCAGAAAGGUGGAAGAGGAUGAAUAUGAAGAUUCUUCAUCAAACCAAAAGUGGGUCUUGGCUCCAAAAUCCCAAGAUACAGAUGUGACUCUUAUUCUCAACAAGUUGCUAAGAGAAUAUGAUAAGAAGCUGAGGCCUGAUAUUGGAAUAAAACCUACCGUAAUUGAUGUUGACAUCUAUGUUAACAGCAUUGGUCCUGUGUCAUCAAUAAACAUGGAAUACCAAAUUGAUAUAUUUUUUGCCCAGACCUGGACCGACAGUCGCCUUCGGUUCAACAGCACAAUGAAAAUCCUUACUCUGAACAGCAACAUGGUGGGGUUAAUAUGGAUUCCAGAUACGAUAUUCCGCAAUUCCAAAACUGCAGAGGCUCACUGGAUCACCACCCCCAAUCAGCUCCUGAGAAUUUGGAAUGAUGGGAAAAUCCUUUACACUUUAAGGCUCACCAUAAAUGCAGAAUGCCAGCUGCAGCUGCACAACUUCCCCAUGGAUGAGCACUCCUGCCCGCUGAUAUUCUCCAGCUAUGGCUACACCAAAGAAGAAAUGAUUUAUAGAUGGAGAAAAAAUUCGGUUGAGGCAGCUGAUCAGAAAUCCUGGCGGCUUUAUCAGUUUGACUUCAUGGGCCUCAGAAACACCACAGAAAUUGUGAAAACAUCUGCAGGUGAUUAUGUUGUCAUGACUAUAUAUUUUGAAUUGAGUAGAAGAAUGGGAUACUUCACUAUUCAAACAUACAUUCCUUGUAUACUGACUGUGGUUUUAUCCUGGGUAUCAUUUUGGAUCAAAAAAGAUGCUACACCAGCAAGAACAGCAUUAGGGAUAACCACAGUGCUGACCAUGACCACACUCAGCACCAUAGCCAGGAAGUCCUUGCCUCGUGUUUCCUAUGUGACAGCCAUGGACCUCUUCGUGACCGUUUGCUUCUUAUUUGUCUUUGCUGCUUUGAUGGAGUAUGCUACCCUCAACUACUAUUCAAGUUGUAGAAAACCAGCUACCACUAAGAAAAAGACAUCGUUACUAUAUCCAGAUUCCUCAAGAUGGAUUCAAGAACGCAUAAACAUACAAGCCCCCUCCAACUAUUCUCUCCUUGAUAUGAGUCCACCACCACCGGCAAUGGUUACCCUAAACAAUUCCAUGUACUGGCAGGAAUUUGAAGAUACCUGUGUCUAUGAGUGUCUGGAUGGCAAAGACUGUCAGAGCUUCUUCUGCUGCUAUGAAGAAUGCAAAUCAGGAUCUUGGAGAAAAGGGCGUAUUCACAUAGACAUCUUGGAACUGGACUCAUAUUCUCGGGUCUUUUUCCCUACAUCGUUCCUGCUCUUCAACUUGGUCUAUUGGGUGGGAUACCUGUAUCUCUAAGUAUUCCUCCUGGUGAUAAGUGAAGAGUGUUAGGUUUCCUUCUAAACUUUGGCCCUACCCAGACCAAUAGUUAUCAAUAGGAGUAACAAGGAAAGAUACUACUCAGUUUAUCUGAAAUUAUGUAAUACCUUUGAGCAGCGUAGGAGUAUGUGGCAAAUAUUUCUAUUAUGUAUUUCAGACUCACACACACAUGAGAGCACACAAACAGGUUAAUUCAGUUUUAAAGUGAUAUUCUUGCUAAUCUUUACUGAAUCUGUAACGUGGUGAUGUAUUUUUUGGAUAUUGGAAGCAGAUGCCAAUUUCCUUGUGAAGAAAUCUGUGAAACCUACAAGUAAAUAUCUGAGAAGCUCUUUUAAGGCCCCGACCCUUUCUGUAUCUUUCAUUUGCAACGCUUGGCAGCACCAGUGUCCAUCUAUGUGAAGUCACUGCUGGCCAAGACACACUCUACUGAUCUCAGCGCCCAGGCAGUCUGAGUUCAAGUGUGAACUGCAGUGAGUUACCACCCAGUUUCCUCUCUCUGUGGCCUCUUUGCUCUGGCGCCACCUUCACUGGUUUGCAUUCUUUUAUCUAAUAACUUCACCCUAGGCUUGGGAAUGGUGUAUAUGCAUCAUCCACAAGUUUUCAGUAGAGAAAAAAUUCUAAUUUUCAAAAUUCUCAUGUGGUUAAAGUCAAAGAUGUUUAUUAUCUUUAAACACCAGUAGUUCAACAUUUUAUCUUGAGUUCUGUUUUACUAGACCAAGGUGAACCCCAGAGUCUAUGCUAUUACGGGUUCAAUCAUUAUCUUGCAAAGAUGGGUAUACAGCAUUCACAAGCUGUUGUUUUGAAAUUGUUUUCUAGAGUGUGAAAGAAAUAUAGAUAGAAUUUUUACAAAACUUUCUUAGUGAAUAUUAACUUUCAAGUCAAAUCAACUUUAGAUGCAAAAAACAUGGGUAAUGGCUAUC